AUGGGAGGUAAAAGCUUACGGCCGGCAGACGAGCGCUGGCCGGCCCCCGAGAUGCGCCGCACCGUGCCGUGCCUGGCCGCCGCCGCCGCCGCCGCCGCCGCCGCUGCCGCGCUCUGCCUCGCCGCCUCCGCCGCCCCCGGCGCGCCCGCGCGCCGCCGCCGGCUGGUGGGGGGCGAGGAGGCGGACGUGGCGGCGGUGCCGUGGGUGGCGGCGCUGCACCACCGCCGCCAGCACCUGUGCGCCGGCUCCAUCGUGGGCGCGCGCCUCGUGCUGACGUCGGCGCAGUGCGCGCAGCGGUCGGCGCCCGGCGGCCUGGCGGUGCGCGUCGGCUCGUCGCUGCGCGGCUCGGGCGGACAGGUGUGCCACGCGGCCGAGAUCACCUCCCACGAGAGCUACCGGCCCUGGUCCUGGGACUACGACAUCUCCGUCGUGCGGCUCGACGCCGACAUCGCGUUCGACAACAAGAAGAAGGCAGUGGCACUGGCGACACAGGAGCCGGCCGCGGGCAGCGAGGCGCGCGUGGCUGGCUGGGGGCUGCAGUCUCGCGGGGGCGUCACCUCCUUGAAGCUGCGUGCCGCCACCCUGCACAUCUUUGACCGCGAACCGUGCAACGCCAAAUACAACGUGGCACUCAGCGAGCUCCUGUUGUGUGCUGGGGCAGAGGGUGUCGACGCCUGCGUCGGUGACGGCGGUGGCCCGCUCGUCGACAUUGAGACUAACCAGCAGGUGGGCGUGGUGCUGUGGGAGCACGACUGUGCCCAGCCCAGGCACUAUGAGAAGGACUUCCGCAUGCCGUACACCAGCGUGGCUGGCCUCCGCUCCUGGAUCAAGAAUAAGACCGGCAUCUAGCACACACUACAACCGUUCUUAACUUUACCACUCCUGCAGAUUAAUCAUUGAACAUCAGUGUUUACAUACGCAUAUUUAAAUCAAGUUCAAUAACAUGAUAGCAUUAAACAGUAAGAGUAAAGUAGAGUUUGUAAGAUCCACUCAGCCAUAGUGAGUAUGCAUCUUCCUAGGGCUCAAUGCAGUGUGGUGCAAACUGUAGUAAAUAACAUGUUCAGAGCAGAAAAAUCGACCGCAAGUGCAAGUAGCACUUUCAAUUUUGACUCUGUCACUUAACCAUUGACUGUAUUAGAGACUAAACUCAGUUCGUUUCUGUUAUUCAUUUCCAUGUCAUCAUUUCGUUCAACAAAUAAUUAGUUUCUAAAUUCUAAUUCUGUGCUGCACAUUCCUGUAGCUACAUUUGUUUUAAAGGGUUCAAUUACCUAUUCAGUUGAUAUAUCAGAAAUUACCAAGCAUAGUAAUUGUGAAAAUAAUUCAUCAGUAGGAAGGCUAUAAGCAUUUGGGUCCAAGAAUGUGCUUUGGCUGUUCCUCGGAUUGGGGCAGCUGAAGGCAAUGGCACAGUUGCAGCAAUGACGGCAGUGGCAGAACGCUUCAUCAGCAUUUGCAGAACCCGUCUGCUUCUUCAGUAUUCGUAGAACACAUGCAGUUCUGUUCAUCAGACAGACAUAUGUAUUUUUCCCUCCCCUUCAUGUCCUAGUAUAUUACCACUAUAAAAAAUGAAACAAUAAAUCAGUAUAAGGUAUAUUUGGUGACAAGAACCUGUCUUUGGUUCUAUCUCUGUACACAUUUGGUGCAACACAAAGUGGACCCUUAAAGUAACUACCACAACCUUAUUUCACGGCUAAAUUUUCUGUAUUAUGUAGUAAAAUACCUAAAGAUAUUGGUAUUGUUGGCAUAGCUUGCAGGUUCAGGUUCACCUGGCACCAAAACUACUGUGGUUCGAUUUUUGAACCUACUUAGUGGAAGGCACAAUGGAAUCUCUAAAUGCUGCAUUGUUAUUUUCAUAUAUAAAUUGGGUAUAUUAUUUAUCAAAAUACAUAAAGAUAUUGGCACUGCUGGUUUAACUUGCAGGCUAAAACACAAUUGGAGUUAAAACUUGUAUCUACUUGAUACAAAGCACAGUGGACCCUCAAAUUAAGAGUCACAAUGUUAUUUUCAGAUUUAAAUUGUUUUUAUUAUCAUCAAACUGUCCAAUGAUAUUGGUACUACUGGUUUAAGAUACAGCUUAAGGUAGACUUGCCACACAGAAUACGAUUGUGGUUCGAUUUUGUACCCAUCUGGUGCAAAGUACAAUGGACCCUCAAAUCAACUGCCAUGAUGUUAUUUACACAUCUACAUUGUCUGUGCUCUGAAAAUACGUAAAGAGUUAUUCUACAACAGUACAAAACACAUUUGGUUCA